UGGGCUUAUGGCAGGUUUUCUAGUUUCACUUUAACUCUGUGAUUUCUUCAAAUAUCUACCAACAGUAAAAAAAUUCACAAAUACAAAUAUUUGUGUUAUUAAUUGAACUAUGAAACAAUAACACGAGUAAAAAAAAAAAAAGUCGUGGUUUUAUUAAAGUCAACUGUGUGUGAAAGCGGUAUCAGUUGUUCUUUAUUUAGGCAGAUACAAAUUGCAGAACGUUAACAUAAUGAAAUAGUUCUGAAAGAAGCUAUAUUAUCCUGUUAAAUAUUUGUAGCCGUUCCUGAUGAUAUCGAACACCUGAAAUGUGGGAGUCCUUGCCAGACGUCCUUCUUGAAGACAUAUUCUCAAGAGUCUCUAUUAGCGACCGUUACAGUGCUUCUCAAGUUUGCCGGAAUUGGUAUCGAAUAUUCUACUCUCCUCGUGUGUGGCACGUGUUUGUGCUGAGUGACCGCAUCCUAACGAGACGCAAGUAUAACUAUUAUACAGGCUACCAGCACAUUCUUGAUCAUCACAGAACUCAGAUCUGCUUGAAUCGAGUGGGUCGAAAUUUUCGAAAACUGAUUUUUGAACCGAUGUGUAAUUUUUUCAACUUGUAUGAAUUCAUGAACAUGCUUUCAUUUUUCUGCGAGUACUUUGACGAAAACCCUCUUGGUCAUAUUCACACUCUCGACUUUUCUUUUGCGUGUCAUCUUGCCACAGAACGAUCAGCUCAGGAAUGUGUUUUUGGCACUGGAGGUAAGCUUCUUCAAGCACUGAAGCGGCUGAUGAAAAACUUAACUGGUUUACGUAGGAUCUCACUGCGAGACUUAUUGCUAGACCCUGCUGAAGCCAUGUUUCUAUUGGAUGACGUUGUUAGCAACUGUGGAGAGACCAUUCACAUGAUGCGUCUUGUGAAUUGUACUAAAGAACCGUAUCCGAUUCUUCAUGUCGGCGUAUUCCUCAAUAUUUGGGUUUUGGAAAUUUCACCGCAACAAAUUGAUGCAGAUGUAAUAAUUUUGCUUAGCCACACCAGUCUUAGGGACCUCUAUCUUGUGCAAAAUAAAUACACAGACAUGGCUCUCGCUGUACCUGUUAAAGCAUGGCGAGAGUGUCGUUGUCUUUCGCCAAAACUUCGAGUACACCUGGUGGUGGAAGGAAAAGUUAAACAGGAGGUUGUCUGGCAGGAAGGAGCAAAUGUAAUAUCCAUCGUGUACAAUACACCAUAUAACCAGGUGGCGCCAGAAUCAGCUUUAAUGGCUGCAACAUUGUACCCCAAAGAACUGGAAGUUUAUGGAUUUACAGAGUUGCCACGCUUUUAUAUGCAAAAGUCGUUUAUGGACAGAGCCGAUUCUGCUUUGGUUCUGAUGAGCCGCUCCUGUCCACGAUUACAUACAUUGAUUAUCAGAGAAAGAAUUUCCACUUCUACCUUACUUCUAAUCGCCUUUUAUGGCCGUAGUCUACGGAGGAUGCUUGUCCGGCGAAACGCCAUUAUCAAACGCUGUGACUGGCCCAAAAAUCCCGAGUGGUCAACAGAUUUUUAUCUAUGGCUGCGACACGCCGCCCAGUCCUACGAAACGACGGCGAAUGAAAUUUCCCAAAUGUUAAACUGUCGCUGGGCUCCACUGUCUGAUCAAGAGUUUAAGACCUUGGAUUUUUACUCAUCUCAUUACGUGUCUUGAAGAAAGCAGCUGUGAUGCAUGCAGACUUUUGUGUAGUUUUUACAGCUUUUGUAUUCUUCAGGCUUUAAGAAGUGUAAACGUCAAACGAAUCGUCACCUUUGUCUAAGGUUUUAAGUCAUGCCUUCUUCAUUGCCAAGGUGUUUUUAAGGAAUUUUAAAAUUUUGUAACUACAAUGUUUUCAACCGAACACAGGAAACGAGAUUACUUGGUGCAUAUUUUAAUACGUUUUUAUCCAAAGUUUUUACAGCAUUUAAACCAGCAUAAUGACAUUAUGCUCAUUGUUUGUUCCUACUUAUCCCGAAGAAACUUUUGAAGGCAACUGUAUCACUCUGUCCUACCUAGAUGGCGCCCCUGAUUACAUAACUCCCAAUUAACCACUGGACUCACCAACUUCUAAGUUGUACGAAACAAAUAUUCUCUGCCCUGUGGUCAAACUUUUCACCCAACCCCUUAAGGAAACCGAGUAUUUCUCGAAAACACUUUUACGGGAAUUCAUCGGAAGCAUAGCCCAAAUUUAGCGUUGAUUUACAUUAGAGCACGAAAAUAAUUAGGCCAACUAAUUACCGUUCGUAACUUGGUUAAAAAAUUAAAUUUGUAUUGUAGUGGCAAUGAUCUUUAAACUAGAAAAAAAGGGGGGAAUAGUAGUUCGAGCAUUAAAUUUGUAUUACAGUGGCCCUGUUAAAUGUGGGCCGAGCUCAAGACCCCGCUAGUUAAAAAUAUCAACAUCGUGCGCCAUUUUUACCUCAUUGUUAUUUUUGUCCCUUCUAAUUAUUUCUUAAAAAACGUAUUUAUAUUUAAUGUAAAAGAUCAUUGAAUUGUUUGAUAGCCCAACAAUUUAGUACUUAACCGAAACGGGAAGUUACAAUAUGUAGAAUAAAUUUCACAUAUGUAUACAAUAUCUCAUAAAAACGUUUGUCUGUUUUAUUUUUUAAAUAAAAUAGUUUUUCAUGAAAACUUCCAUUGAAUAUUAACUAUUGUCUGUUAAUAAUAAGCUUUGCAACUUCUUUGUUGUUGUAGUCUUACUACGUUUGGAUUUGUUAGGGCCAUUUCAUACCAUUUUUCAUGCUUGCGAGGAAUAUUUACUCAACCGUGAUUUGAUCCCGGUCAAACUACGUAAAGAAAAACGAAUAUUCAUGUCGUAUAAGCUAAAACAUCCUGCUGUGAUUUGUCCAUUCUGAGUUUUCACUGAAAAAAUAGUAUUUUAUCGGCAGGGGCGGCUCCAGCCUUUUCCCGGUGAGAGGGCUGAGGGGAGUUAGACAAAACUUAAGGGGGGGGCUGCACUCUACAUCUUUUGGGUACACAUUUAGGCAUGGCUUCAGUCCUAGCAAACCCUUCCCCCUUUCAGUCGCCCCUGACUAUCAUUAUUUGAUAUUCGUAAGCCCAAACACACACACACGUGUGUGAGUGUAUGUAUAUCCAUAGAGUGCAGGUAUAUCAACACCAGAUGGUUACUAGUACCUAUUACCCAAAACCAGCUUAAAUUCUUUUGCCACGUUGCAACCGUUGCUGAAAAUCACGUGUUAGGAAAUGCAUACUUAAUCAUACCAUAAUUUUGAUGAUGAGUUUGUGAUAAACACAGAACAAAUUGGGGAGUGUUAAAACAACUGGAAUCACCACUAACAAUAAGUUAUCAUAUAUUCCUUAACAAACUCCUACUGUAUGAAUAGUGAAUAGAGAUUAAAUAUUUGUAUGACGCUUUCCAGUAAUGUAUAGAAUAUAAAAGACUAAACUUGCAAGAUAUGAAAGCGUGAACAGAAGACAGAAACUAUGCUACGUGUGCACAAUAUCACUAUGGAAAUGAUAAGAUGCUGCAGCAUAUCUAGUAAGUUUUAUUGCUAUGUCCAUGUGAUAUGUUUAUAGCAAAUAUAAUGCACGCAGUUUUGUUGGAGUAAAAUAUAUAAUUUGUAUAAUGAAAGUAAAUAAACCACUGAAACUAGAAAUGACGUUUCAUGGUUAUUUUGUAAUUUAUGUAAAUAAUUAAAAUUGCCACAAUCUUCAUUACUUCAUACAUUUUUGUACUGAUUUUUUCUAUUAACAGUAAAACUGAGGGUCAAUUAUGAAGAAACUAGUGGUUAUCUUAAUCGAAUAAUUAUCUGACACAUGAUAAAAAAAUAAUAAAACUGCUUUUCAACAAUAAUGUACUAUUAGAGCUUGUUAACAACACAACUUGUGUGCUCAUCAGUUCAUCUCUUGCUGUGAUAUCUUCAUUGAAAAAUAAAUGCCCCUCCUUGAUGGUGUACAAAUUUUGGUGAAAGUCCUGGGGCCUUUGGGGCAUCAUCGGUGAUUCUCGUGCAAAUAUUUACUUGAUGGCACGAAUCACCUCUCUAGGAAAUCUAUUACGUUUUUUAAAUUAUUUAUUUGCAGAAGACCUAGCCCAUAUAAACUGGAAGAUUGUCCGAUUUAACCUCGUCUAUAAGUGAAAGGUUAGAAGGUGUGAUGUUUGCAUGAAAUGAAAAAGCUGUGGAUGUAAUCACGUCGGGAUUCCUGUAUAAGUUAAAGCGAUCAGAAAAAGGGAUCGUUAACAAAUGAAAUUAGAAUCCAAGCAAAAGAAGGCAAGAAAACUGUGACGCAGAAAAUAGCUAGAAUAAGAUACAUUAUUCUUCUCAUUGUCAACACUUUCAUUAAAUUGUCUUCGAUCGUUCAGUGAAUGAAAGACCUAGAUACCUCAACCAACGGAAGUCAUGAGUGAUAGCAGAGAACAUUUGUUUCUUGUUGUUGUUUUCUAGUAAGUGUACAAAAUAUCCUAGAUGUCAUAAACAUGUUGAAACUAUUCUUACAGUCCAAGUCAAAAUCAUCAAUGGAAAAAUCCAGUGCAAAAUUAGCCUUGCUUUGGGAUGACGCUAUUCAUCUACAGCAAAACACCUUUGGCGAGUUUCUUUUUUGUUUUUGGAGCAUGGGAUCCAUCCCUAAAGUUAUGCAAAGUAUUAUAUAAGAAAUUUUUGUAACAGAUUGAAUCUCGUUCAAAAUUUCUAUUAAAACAUAAAAAUUUCUGUA